AUGAAGACCAACAGAGCAGCGAUUCUCUUGGCCAUGUGCGCCAUCUUGGCCACUUGUUUGGCGGCGGAAGGAAUGCCGAGAAGCAGACGAGAUCUGCGCUACCGACCGAACGUGGCCUACGCGUACCAGUACCGAACCGAGCAGAUUGCGCCCGUCCCGCGGAUUCCCAUUGUUCCCGUUGCCUCCGCCCACAUCCAGAGCCAGCUGCUGCGUCAGGUGAAACCAGAACGACCGGUACCACACUUUCCCACCCGUCGCCCGAUGCAGGCCGUCGAUCGGCUGCAUACGCGUGUCGACAUUGGCCACCAGCAGCACCAAAAGCAGCACCAACAUCCGACGGUGCAUCCGAGUGCGGCAGCCCACACGCCCGGAACAAUCGUGGCGCAUUCGCACACCGAGGUUUACCGAAAGUAUCGCUAA